GGCGUCUUACUAUAAAUAAUCCUCAUGAAAAUUAUUUUGUAGUAUCACAACAGCAUCGUGAAGCAUUUUUACAGGACUACAGAGGUAUCAACGAAAAAAUAUUGAAAAAAAUGAAGACCAUAGUCUGCGUAUUUUUAAUUCUUCUUGAGCUUCAGGUGAUUCUGAGCUUUCCAGGUUUCGAUGGAUGUAGAAGUCCCCAAGAUUGUGACAAAUCAUCAUGUUGUGUAAUCACAAUGGAGAAAUACAGUGUACCACAUUGUAGAAAACUAGGAAAUAAAGAAGAGUACUGUCGCACCAGGAACAGUGCCCAAAAUAUGACCCUCAACUAUCCUAACGGCUCUGUGGACGUUUUUGGUGUCUACCGUAUUCUAUGCCCCUGUAACGAUGGUCUGGAAUGUGUGCAGAGUGUUUGCCAAUUGCUUCAUUCUGAUACAAUCUUGUAAAAGAGCUUGAAAUUCCUUCAACUGCUUUUGUUAAAUACCUCUAUGACGAAACUGACUUUAUCUAAAUUCCAUAACUAAGAUAUUUUUAAUUCAAAGUGUUUGUUUUUCCGUAGUAUAUUUGUUGUAUUGAUAUUUCUUCCCCGAGUUUAUGUUAAUGAAUUCGGAUCCAUCUUAAUAUUGUGAAAAUUCUAAAACAAACACUCAAUCGUCUGUUGCAUUCAAUAACCAACUUAAUCUCUUUUUCAUGUGAGCUUCCUUAUCAUAAAACUUACAAAUAAAAAGGCUUAUUGAAAAUGAAUACUCAGUAACUUAUAGAAAAAAAAUGCAACCGAAAAGCAAUAACUAAGUUAAGGGUAAUAUGCAUAUAUUCAGAUAUACAUAUGUAAAUAAUAAGCAAGAAGUCAUCGUUGUCCACACUUUAUUAGAAAUGCCCUAACUUAAAAACAGAAAAUCUAGACUAAUCCACACCAAACUAUUCACAUCAAAUUAGAUACUAUUUACCGAAACACAAUUAGUGUUAGCGAUUUCGUAUCUUAAUCUAACUUCAUUUAUUAACGUUUCUGACGAAUUAAAAACGCUUCAUAAAUAUACAAAUUUUCAACGGCAUAUAUGUCAUAGAGGUAUUUUUUCGUAUGUCAGGUUCAUAAUGUUAACGAUUUUGAUUUAAUUCGUAAAUCGUGUGUGUUACAAUUAAUUAUAGCUAGUUUGGAAUGUUGUGUAAAUUUCACAUUAAUAUGAAACGACUUAUCCAUAAGUCUCUGUGAUUUUGAAUAUGGAAAGUCAUCUAGAAUUAAACUAUUACAAAUGUAUGCUUUUUGAAAUUUGUAAACAAACAAACAAAAAAACAAC